AGUUUUGUUGAAUUUAUUCAAACAUCAACAUGAAAUUUUUAAUAUUUUUGCUUAUGGUGCUUAUGAGUAUUGCUUGCAGUUUCGGCCAAGGACCUCCUGGAAUGACAUUCGGAAAACCAGGUGAUGGUCCUCCAAAGAACCCACCACCAAAUACUGGUGAUGAUCAGGAUGUUCACAGUUACAAACUCUUCAGUACAGCUGACGCGUUAAACAAUAAAUUCGCAAGGAAAAUCUUCUCGGAGUUUUCAUCAGUUUAUUAA